AGAGGUGAAACACCCGUCGGAGCCGGGCAUGCCCGGGUAUUGGAGCCGAGAGCGGGACUUCCGGGACCCCCACCUCAUAUUGGACAGGGGAGGUCCGGAGGGCAGCGGCGGGGACACGCUCGGACCUCGGGCUGCUCUUUGAGACCCUUCCGAAGGAGGACGGGAGGGUAGGAACGCUGCCGGUGUUCUCCCGCCGCGGAGCCGAGAUGAGGAUACGUCCGGGACCCUGUAGCUGGUGUGGACGGAAAGGGGAGGACUCGAGAUUGAGAACUUGCCGGAAACUUCCUGCAGGAGCCUGGAAUUAGGGAGGGCUACAGCAGGAGUUGAUGACCCUCAUGAUGUCUGGUGACAAAGGAAUUUCUGCCUUCCCUGAAUCAGACAACCUUUUCAAGUGGGUGGGGACCAUCCACGGAGCAGCUGGCACAGUAUAUGAAGACCUGAGGUAUAAGCUGUCUCUUGAGUUCCCCAGUGGCUACCCUUACAAUGCACCCACGGUGAAGUUCCUCACACCCUGCUACCACCCCAACGUGGACACUCAGGGUAACAUCUGCCUAGACAUCCUGAAGGACAAGUGGUCUGCCCUGUAUGAUGUCAGGACCAUCCUCCUCUCUAUCCAGAGCCUGCUGGGAGAACCCAACAUCGAUAGCCCUUUAAACACACAUGCUGCCGAGCUCUGGAAAAACCCCACAGCCUUUAAGAAGUACCUGCAGGAAACCUACUCAAAGCAAGUCUCCAGCCAAGAGCCCUGACUCCGUCUGUCUAGCCUCUCUCCUUGUGUUAUCUUUAUUUUUUUCCUUAGCUGGUCUGUCCUCUCCUUGAUUUCUGUAUAGGUCUCUAUCUUAAGCUGUGACGUCAUUUUUUGUUUGUUUGUUUUUUAAAUUAUGUCUCCAUUUGAGCCCUUUAUGGAUAUAUUGAAUAAAUACA